CCAAAAUCAAACCUCCGCUACUUGAAACAGCGUCAACGAAUCAGCCAGGAAAAGAAGAAGCUGAGGAGUAGCUGUCUUUUACUCAAAAUAAAGACAAAUUAUUUCGAAACAUGGCUGGAGCGGCAAGUAAAGGUGUAUUGAGUCACCUGAGUUUACUGGAAGUUCAAGCAAGAAGUCGAAAACAUCAACAUCAGCAUCAGCAGCCGAGCCGUGUGAAGGAGAUGAAGGCUAAAGUGGAAGCACUCAGGAGCCAGAGAAACCAGCUGAGAGCUGAGAUAGAGACACAUAAGAAUCUCCAGAAACUAAGGGCCUCAAUGGACAAACAAUGUGCAAAUGAAGAAGGGGAGGAGGAAGAAAUGGAUGAAGACUCUGAAAACUCACAGCUACUGUGGCUGAUGGCCAGACAUACACAGCUGAAAGAUCUUCUGCAUGCUCAUCACGUCAUUGGUGGUUAUAAUGUGAUAAAGACAAGUCAAGGUAAAGGAGUUUGUGUGUCACUGGCGACGGCCUACGAGGGCGUCUACUUAGAAACCUACAACGUGGAGAUCGACCUGAAGCCGAGGCUGAGGAUCAGUCGUCAUAAUGUCCCUCCGUUCAUUCCUUUCAAUAGCCUGGCUGAGCAGUGCAAGUCACAAAUGGACAUCAGGACUUUUCUGGAUUCUCUCAGCAAUCAUCUCAAUGCCUUUGCUGGUCGUAAGCAGCAGCUGAAUCUCAUCAAGGAACUGCACAAGUCAGUGGAGGUGCUGGAGAGUAACGUCUUGUGUUCAAUACUGGUGAUGCUGCUGACUUUGCCAGGAGAAAAGAUGAAUGUUCUCUGCACACUGGACUACAGCAAUCACACCAGAUGUCUCCCCACACGGGUCCACUUUGAAUGUAGAGACACAGCACUUCUUGAUUCACCAGAGUGGAAGAAAAACUGCAGCCUACUCAAGGAGACUCCUGUUCACAAAGCUUUGACCACCAUGAAGAAGAUGGGGAAUAUCUUGUAAUUUUAUCAUAAAAAUCUGUAAAAAUAUGUACAUUCUUGUUUAUAACAGAACAGUUAGUUAGAUUUAAUAAUUGUUACAGAUGUUGAGGUGUUAACCAUCUUCCACUUGUAUUUGCAUGUUGUUUUUUUCCUUUAGCCUCUCUAUAAACGCUGCCACCUUGUUGUGUAAAGUUUCCCUCUGAAACCGUCUCAGCUUCUCCAUUUCCUCAUGGGCUUUCUGCUGUCGCUGGGCCAGCUCUUUUUCUGAUAUUGAGUCAAUAGCUGCAAUGUUUUUCAUCUGCCUGAAAGACAGGUUGCUCUGAAUGUUUCCUCUGUGUCUCACUGAGCUGGCAGGUGUUACAGACAGAGGCGGUGCUGAUAUGGACCGGCUCUGUUCCACCGGAAGCUCGGCUUUAUUGGAAUGAAUUCUCCUGCCAUCAGAUGUUUGAAGACCUCUGAAGCGUGUAUUUUUGUACUCCAUAAUGUCUCUCAUAGCGAUGUUGACAGUAGCUUUUGGCUCGCAGACUUUAACCAUCACCACUCUUCUAUAAUCCUGUAUCAGAGAGUCUCUCCUUUGCUGAAGCACUUUGCGAGUGUACCUGUACUGUUUGUCUAACAUGUUUAAUUUACGCUGGAGAUCUCUGUCUUCUUUUUGGUUCAACACUUUCACAUCUCUCCUCAGUGCCACAAGUUCUCUGAAGCUUCUAUCCAUGAGCUAGAGGGACAAAUAUACAUUUCGUAUUGCAUUAUAUUUUUCCUUGUUACUCUUUUUUUAAAUAUAAAAAGAAUAUAGUUUCUUACCUGACAGGAGAUGUUUCUCCUUUAGAGUGCUGUGUAUGUUUGCUGCCAUGGUUGUGUCAUGCAUGUAAGAUAAUAGCCCAUUGUGAUCGAAGAAAAGAGGAAGUGAUUGUUGGUCUUUGUGUGCGCUCACAUACCGAAGAGAUUAAAUUUCAAGAUAGCAGUCAUGAGCAUUCUUGCAGGUGAUAAAAUUAAAAAAAUCAACAUUUUACCUUUGUUAGGUACUCUAAGGACAUAAUUCAUCAAUUAUUUUUGUAGUUUGACAUAAUGUACUUUUGGUGUAUAUAAAUGGAUUAUUAGCUUGUAAUUGCAUCACAGAGACAUUUUAUGUUACAACUCCUAAAUAAAAAAUAAUGACUUUAUCUCAUAA